GGAUUGUAUAUAAAGGCAGCGUGGCGCGCAGGACCUGGCGAGUGCCUGGAACGGAGCCGGCGCGCAGGGAGAGCGCGGUGCUGCCUGAGGUCUCUGAGCGGCUCGCCAUGGCUGGCCCACAGCAGCAGCCACCUUACCUGCACCUGGCCGAGCUGACCGCGACCCAGUUCCUGGAGAUCUGGAAGCACUUCGAUGCAGACGGAAAUGGGUAUAUUGAAGGUAAAGAGUUAGAAAACUUUUUCCAAGAAUUGGAGAAAGCAAGAAAAGGCUCUGGCAUGGUAUCAAAGAGUGACAACUUAGGGGAGAAGAUGAAGGAAUUCAUGCAGAAGUAUGACAAGAACUCAGAUGGGAAAAUUGAGAUGGCAGAGCUGGCACAGAUCCUGCCGACCGAGGAGAACUUCCUUCUGUGCUUCAGGCAGCACGUGGGCUCCAGCACCGAGUUUAUGGAGGCUUGGCGGAAGUAUGACACAGACAGAAGCGGCUACAUUGAAGCCAAUGAGCUCAAGGGAUUCCUGUCUGAUCUGCUGAAGAAGGCAAACCGACCAUAUGAUGAACCCAAGCUCCAAGAGUACACCCAAACCAUACUACGGAUGUUUGACUUGAAUGGGGAUGGCAAACUGGGCCUCUCAGAGAUGUCCCGACUCUUGCCUGUACAGGAAAACUUCCUGCUUAAAUUUCAGGGCAUGAAGCUGACCUCGGAGGAGUUCAACGCGAUCUUCACAUUUUAUGACAAGGACGGAAGUGGCUACAUUGAUGAGAAUGAACUGGAUGCCCUCCUGAAGGAUCUGUAUGAGAAAAACAAGAAGGAAAUGAACAUCCAACAGCUCACCAGCUACAGAAAGAGCGUCAUGUCCUUGGCUGAGGCGGGAAAGCUCUACCGCAAGGACCUGGAGAUUGUCCUCUGCAGCGAGCCCCCGCUGUAAAACAGGGGAUGGGGGCUGCUUCUCCACCUCCCCCUCAAACCUGCCCCUGCUGCCCUGCCACUGCCACCCAGACCCAGAGAUCCUGAUCAUCCCUGUGACUGUCCCUGCCACCUGCACACACCAGCCUGCAGAGCAGGAAAGGAGAAAUGGAGAAGGGGCUGCUGCCGGGCCCCCUGGAGCCCCCCGCAACCCCACCCUGGCUGACUGGGCACAGCACUCUGUGUGCAGGGGGGCACCAACCUCGUGGGAGGUGGGCAGGGGCACGGACAGGAGGUCCCUGGUUCUCUUUGCUGUGAUGCAUGAGCUCGCUUGCUGUAUGAUUUAGACUUCUACGUCCAACAGAGUGGACCCUCUCCUCCGCCUCUCCCCCAUGCCACCGGCCACCCCAACCCCCAGGCCCCAUGGCCCCACCUCGCUAAUGGUGUAGCCGUCUCUCAGAGCUCCUUGUUCGUGGUGGGUGUCAGCCUUGUCCUUUUCUUGAUGCAGUGUACGCCUUUUCCCUUUGGGUUUCUUGUUUACCAAAGAGUUUACAGACAAUAAAAUGUUCUCCUGUGGAAGCUCUCCCA